UAAAGGAUUAGAGAGACCUGCACCAUGUCUGUCUCAGCAGAGCUCAGUGGUGUCUGCACCAUGGCCUGGACUCCUCUCCUCUUCUUCCUCCUUCAUUGUACAGGGUCUCUUUCCCAAUCCGUGCUGACUCAGUCACCCUCAGCCUCUGCCUCCCUGGGAGCCUCAGUCAAACUCACCUGCACCUUGAGUAGUGAAUACAGCACCUACAACAUUGGUUGGUACCAGCAACAUCCAGACAAAGCUCCUAAGUAUGUGAUGUAUCUUAGGAGUAAUGGAAACCACAACAAGGGGGAUGGGAUCCCUGAUCGUUUCUCUGGCUCCAGUUCUGGGGCUCAUCGCUACUUAAGCAUCUCCAACAUCCAGCCUGAAGAUGAAGCUGACUACAUCUGUGGUGUAGGUGGUACCAUUAGUGGACAAUUCCAGUGGGUGUUCGGCGGAGGCACCACGUUGACUGUCCUAGGUCAACCCAAGGCUACACCUUCAGUCACCCUGUUUCCACCAUCCUCUGAGGAGCUUAAGACCAAAAAGGCCACACUGGUAUGUGUGUUGACUGACUUUUACCCAGGUGUUGUGACAGUGGCCUGGAAGGCAGAUGGUACACCUAUCACCCAGGGAGUAGAGACCACUAAGCCUGUGAAACAGGGUGACAAGUACGUGGCUAACAGCUACCUGCACUUGACAGAAGAAGCAUGGAAAUCUAAAAGCAGUGUCAGCUGCCUGGUCACUCAUGAAGGGGACACUGUGGAGAAGAGCUUGUCCCCUGGAAUGUGUCCCUAGGCCUUUCAACAUUCAUCUCACCCACACAGGCUGGGAUUUGAAUCAUGCACAAGUAUACCCUUACUGCUCUUGCCUAACAUAGACCUUUACCCUGCUCCUGAAAUGCACAAUAAAAUAUCCAUUCUCAACUUGUAA